CUGCUAUCACUAACGUCACACCGAGAGCAGGUGUCACAUUGAUAUCGCUUUUGUCUGUCACUCUCUGCUGCUCUGAUCUGCCUGUCCAUCUGACUGUCUGUUUUGCUUUCUAUUUUUGCCGCCUCUGUCCCUUCCCUCUGUCAUUCACUCUGAGAUGGGAAGCUCUAUGGGUUGUGUGAGGCCUCCUAGGGAGGGAGGACACGGCUUACCCCCACUGUCCCCCAACCCCAAACGGCGCCUCCGCUUCCGGCGGAAACGCAAAGGAAAGAAGCACCAGAAAAGAGAGUCGGUAGGCUCGGAAGUGGAAAGCAUAAGGAUAAGCAACAUACCAGAGGAAGAGGAUGAAGAGGAGGAGGACAGAGGUACUGUCACAGAGGCGACCACCGCCUCGUUCAACACUAUGAGUGAUGUCGGAGCCAAAAUCACCAAUUUAACCGUGCCUCAUGUCCAAACUCAAUCCAGACUACCCCUUCCCAGUGCUCUCUGUGCUGACUCCACAAGCGACAGCAUGGGGGGGUUGGGUGGUAGCAGAGUGCUGUCCCCUGAGCCAAGCCCAGUGUGGAGAAGGGUGUCCUACCCCGGAGCUGGGAGUGAGGAAGGGGGGACGAGCAGUACCAUAGAGGCCCCAAGCAGCCAAGGGCAACCCAGUGAGGAUCCCACCCCGUCCGCAGACAACCCUGACCCAUCUUUCCCGUCCCAGGUGUACACCACCCCUGGUGGGGGUCGGGUCUGCAAAGUCAGGGAGCGAGAACAAGGGGUCCUGGAGAGGCCUUGUAUACUAAGACCCAAGAAAGAAAGGGAACGAGAGAAAAAACGAGAGAAAGAGGAUGAAGGUGGGGGUUGGCUAGCAGGGACUCUGGGGGUUGCUUUUAACGCCCCUUCGGAAAAGGAGCGCAAAGGGGUGGUCCACAUUCGCGAGGUGGAGGGCCGGCUGUGUGUUGUGAGGACAGUCUACCCCAGUGACUUUGGGUCCCCGGUUUGGAGAGGGGACAGUUACCAUGAUAAAGAGGUAGAAGUAGAGGUACGUGCCGAACCUCCAGCCGCAUCCCCAGUGACUGGGAAAAUCCUCAAAGUACAGCUUUCUGAGGAAGACAUCAUGAAAGCCAAAAUUGACGCCUCCAGUCCGCAUAAGACAGCUAAACGUCUGGGGACCCGGGAAACUACAGAAGUCAAGGAAGGCACAGUGACUGGAAACAAAGUUCAACUCUCUGAGGAAGACCGCAGGAGAGCCAAAAUGGAUGCCAGGACCACUUUCCUUAUGGGGACACAGGAAACUACAAAAGUCAAGGAACUCAGUCUGGAUAAACCAGCACAGGUCCAACAGGGACUAUUAAUACGGAACCCUCUUUCCUCUGGUUAUGCCAACGAUCUGCCACUCACAUCCCCAGAGACUGGGGGAGUCACCCAGGUAAGCAGGGUUGGCUUGACCCAAAGUAGAGCCAAAAUGGACACCUCUGGUCCCAAUAUGACAACCAACCUUAUGGGGACCCAGGAAACUACGACGGUUGAGGGACCCUCGGUACAGGACCCUCUGUCCUCGGGCUAUGCCAGCGACCUGCCACUAACCUCCCCAGAGGCAGGGGGCGCCACCCAGGUAGACUGGGAAAGCUCCAGAGAGGGACUGGACUCUGCAACGGACAGUCCUCUAUCUCCACCCCAGUUCCCCACAAAGCAGUUCCCUCAGAUAUCAGAGAUCUAUGUGAGUGGUGAGUCAGGGGAUCUGACAGCUAAGGAGAAGCUGUUGUUAUGGAGCCAGCAGGCCACAGAGGGUUGGCCUGGCCUCCGCUGUACCAACUUCUCCUCUUCCUGGAGCGACGGACGCAUGUUCAACGCCCUGCUCCACCGAUUCAGGCCAGACCUGAUUGAUAUGGAGGUGGUGGCGCAGCAGAGUAACCUUGACAACCUGGAGCAGGCCUUUGAGAUUGGCGAGUCGCUAGGGGUGACCAGACUACUGGACGCUGAAGAUGUGGAUGUUCCGUCUCCAGAUGAGAAGUCUGUCAUCACAUACGUUUCCUCCAUCUACGAUGCCUUCCCCAAGAUCCCUGAGGGAGGAGAGGGCAUCGCAGCACAUGAGGUGGACCACCGUUGGGCGGAGUACCAGUCUCGUUUCUCCACACUGCUCCAGUGGAGCCGACAGCACACGGCCCUCAUGGCCAACAAGAACUUCCCACUGAACCCUGUGGAGCUCAAGGCACUUUACAAUGAGUACGUCCAUUUCAAAGAGACAGAGAUCCCUGCCAAGGAGAUGGAGAAGAGUCGCAUAGAACACCUCUACAAACUGCUGGAGGUAUGGAUGGAGUUUGGGCGCAUCAAGCUGCCCCAGGGCCUGCACCCCAAUGACCUGGAGGAGGAGUGGGGCAAACUGAUCCUGGAAAUGCUGGAGAGAGAGAAGGCCCUGCGGCCCGCUGUAGAGAGACUGGAGUUAUUGCUGCAGAUGGCCAAUAAGAUCCAGAACAUGGCCCUGGACUGUGAGGAGAAACUCACCCUGGCCAAGAACACACUACAGGCCGACAUGUCCCAGGUGGAGAGUGGCGAGGCGGUGCGUUGUGAGAGAGAGCUGGGGGUGUACCUGCAGGACUGUGAGGCUCUGAUCAGACAGCUCAACCUGGACCUCCACAUCCUCCGAGACGAGAAGUACUACCAGGUGGAGCAGCUCGCCUUCAGAGUGUCCUGUCUAAAUGAGGAGCUGGUCUCUCUACGGCUCCAGUGCUCCAGCAUCUACAGGAAGGGCCACUUCUCCCCAGUGAUGGGGGGAGACCGGACGGCCCCGCGGGGGAGCGACAGUGGUUUCUCCCUGUCCACGGGGGCCCAGACCCUGCUGGGGGCAGUGGGGGUGAUGGGGUCAGCCCUGCUCAGGAGACCCAUGUCCCGCUCUCAGCUGGUGGCAAUGUCAUCCUCGGAGGACGAGGGGAGUCUCCGGUUCAUCUAUGAGCUCCUGGGAUGGGUGGAGGAGACACAGGACAUUCUGGAGCGUGCAGAGUGGGGGGCAGACUUGCCCUCUGUAGAGCAGAACCUCCAGGACCACCACAACAUCCACACUGCCGCGGAGGAUCUACUGCACAGCCUGAAGGAGGCACGGAACUACCAGACGAAAGUGUCUCGUAACUUCAGGAGCAGUUAUUCUGACACUCUGGCCAAGCUCGAGCACCAAUACUGCAAACUACUGGAAAACUCAUCAUGGCGUCUGCGCUGCCUGGAGAGCCUGCAUGCGUUUGUGUGUCGCUGUACAGAGGAACUGAUCUGGCUCAACGAGAGAGAAGAGGAGGAACUGGCCUACGACUGGAGCCACAACAAUACCAACGUCAACGCCAAGAAAGAACUAUACGCCGAAAUGAGGUCAGAGCUGGAGGAGAAACAGGAAGUGAUGCACUCUCUGCAGGAAACAGCUGACCGGCUCUGUCAGGAGAACCACCCGGCCAAACAGACAGUGGAGGCGUACAGUGCAGCGCUGCAGACCCAGUGGCAGUGGGUGCGCCAGCUGUGUGUGUGUGUGGAGCAGCACCUCAAAGACAAUACUGCCUACUUCCAGUUUGUGAGUGACGCACGGGACUGCGAGACGUACCUGCGUCAGCUACAGGACACCAUAAAGAGACAGUACACUUGUGACAAGAACAGCAGGCUGGGCAAGCUGGAGGACCUGCUACAAGACUCUAUGGAGGAGAAGGAGCAGCUGAUUGAGUACCGCAGCUCUGUGGCCAGCCUGGUGGGCCGGGCCAAGACGGUGGUGCAGCUCCUCCCCCGCAGCGCCGAGAGCACCCUGGGAAGCACCACACCCAUCCGUGCAAUCUGUGACUACCAGCAGAUAGAGAUCACCAUCAGCCGAGGUGAGGAGUGUGUGUUGGAGGACAACUCUCAGAGGACUAAAUGGAAGGUGAUCAGCCCCAGUGGGAAUGAGGCCAUGGUGCCGUCGGUCUGCUUCACCGUACCACCGCCCAACCAGGAGGCCAUGGACACCGCCGGCAGAAUGGAGCAGCUGUACCAGAACGUGAUGUCUCUAUGGCACCAGCUACACGUCAACAUGAAGAGUGUGGUCUCCUGGCACUACCUGCAGAAAGACAUCAGGACCGUCUCCUCCUGGAGCCUAGACACGGUGCGUUCCCAGCCCCCUGUGGAGAGGGACCAGGCACUGGACCACUUGGAGGCCCACCUGGCUGACUUCCUCUCUGACAGCAAAGAGAGCGCCGUCUUCAACCCCACCGAGAGACGCGAGCUGGAGAGAGACGCCCACACUGCGCAGGAGCACUGCCAGGACCUGCUGGUCAACAUGGAGACAGUGGAGAAGGAUGAGUCUGUCUCUCGGUCCUACCUGUCAGAGCUCCAGAACAUUAAACUGCGUCUGGAGGAGGCGGAGCAAAAGCUGAUGCGUGGCAUUCAGACUCUGCCCCCUGGCAACCUAUCGGGCAACCGCGUCGACAACACUGUUCAAAUUGCAGAGCAUGAGAAGCUGCAGUCGGACCUGGAUGGUCUGAGGACCAGUCUUGGUGAGGUGUCGCGGCGCUGUGUGAGUUUCUUUGAGGAGAAGCCCACCUCCUCUAGUGUUCCGGUGCUGCGCUCUGAACUCAACCUGGCUGUGGAGAAGAUCGACAGACUACACAACCUCUCCUCUGUCCACCUGCACAAGUUGAAGACAGUGGAUGUGCUGAUGCACAGCUUGCAGGCCGCAGAGAGCCAGGUGAAGAGAUACGAGAGCAGGCUGAGUGAGGAGGACAUCGUCCCUGCAGACACCAACGCCAUCCAGGCCCUACAGGAACAACUGGGGAAGUGGCAGUUGGAGCUUGAGGACCAGGAGGGGGUGUUUAGCUCCCUGCGGUCGGAGGUGCAGAAGGCCCGGGAGGCGGGGACUCAGCUGAACAGGCUCCACCCAGAACGCAGCCCCGAGCUGGUGCACUACCAGGAGAGAGCCACCCAGCUCACUGAGAGGUGGGCCGGAGUCAAGAGACAGAUGGACACACGGCGAGCGGAGCUAGAGGCCCUGGGCUCAGUCCUGCAGCAGUACAGAGAUGGUCACUCUGCUCUGAUCCACUGGAUAGAGGAGACCACUGAGAGACAGGAGAACACCCAGCCUGGAAAGACUGACAGCAAAGUCCUGUCUGAACAACUAGCACAACAAACGGCAUUAGUAGCCGAGAUCGAAAAGAACCAGACCAAACUGGACGAGUGCCAAACGCACUCCAAACAGUACUGCACCUCUGUCAAGGACUACGAGCUGCAGCUGAUGACAUUCAGAGCCUUUGUGGAGUCGACCCAGAAAUCUACUGUGAAGAGGAGGAGGAUGCACUCUUCAUCAGACGCCAUCACACAGGAGUUCAUGGAUAUGCGCACACGCUACACAGCUCUGGUUACCUUGACGACGCAACACGUCAAGUACAUCAGCGAUGCACUGAGAAGACUAGAGGAAGAAGAGAAAGAGGUGGAGGAGGAGAGGCAGCAGAGAGUAAGCCAGGUGUCAGAGCUGCUGGGCUGGGUCAAAGGCCUCCAGGGCCCCUCCGCCGAGUCAUCCAUCACAGCGCAGCAGGCCGUCAGUGAGCAGUUAGCGGCUAAGAAGGAGGAGGUGGCUAAGGCUAUCAGGAACACCCAAGUCUUCCUGAUGUCUAAACAGGCCAACAAGUUGUCCCCAGAGGAACGUGCCCAGGUGACCUCCCAGCUGGAUGAGCUGACGGCCACCUACAGCCAGCUGUGUGACCGUUCCUCUGCCCAACUGCAACAGCUGGAACAAGAGCAGGCCAAAGAGGAGCAGAGAAAGGUGGUGCAGCAGCAGAAAGCAGAGUGCUCACAAAAAUUGGAAGGCCUUACGAUGUGGUUGGCUGGAGCUGCCAGUGUGCUGGCCAAUCAAAGAGCGGGAGCAGAGUCAGGUGACGUGAAUGUGCUGCAGCAGAAACAGAGAGAGCUAAAGGAAGUACAGAAGGACCUGCAGACCAGAGGCGAGGGCGUGGCGGAGACCGUCCGCUCGGUGGAGGAGUUCCUGGCGGAGCACGGUGACAGCCUGAGUCCAGAGGACAGGGCCAACCUCCAGGGGGCACUCUCCCGUAUGAAGGAGGAGUACAGUGCCCUGACCGACACGGCCCACUCCUCGCUGGCCCAGCUGGACACGGCCAUCUGCACCACCGUCCAACAGAACACACAGAGGGCGAAGGCACUAGAGGAGCUGCUGGAGACUCGGGUCCAGAUGGACUCGCUGCUAGAGGAGCUCUCCUCCCUGAACCAGCCUGGGAAGAGAGGGGCUGGCAUGACUGUUACUGACCACCUCUCCUCAUCCUCCUCCACAUCGCCAGAGGGAGGUCUACAAUCACACAGCGACAUGCUCCAGGCAGAGCUCCAGCAGCUCCAAGCCCAGCAGGCCCAGCUGAUGCAGGUGUCCCAGAAUGCUCGCUCCCUCCUGGUCCAGCCCGACUCGGCCGUACCAGCCGAGGAGAAACGCCGUCUGCGGGACCAGCUAGACCAGCUCCAGACCCAACACCAGGAGAAGCUGCAGGCUUGCCAGGAGAGGCUGAGGCGCUCGGAGGCCCUAAAGGACGAGCUGGCCAAGUUCCUCCAGGAGCACAGAGGCCUGGGGACCUGGCUGGAACAUAGUGAGGGGGAGCUGUGUUCCUUGGGGGAAGGAGAGACGGACGCACAGGGCCUGAAGGGAAGACUGGAAGAGCACAAGAAGCUGGCCGAGGAUGUGAUCUGCCACAAGGCAGACCUGCGCUUUGUGUCCAUCUCCGGUCAGAAGGUGCUGGACUCUGUCCAAGGGGCUCUGGAGAAGGUAGGAGGGUCUGACCCAGCCCUGGAGGAGACCAAGCAGCUGGUCACUGACAAGCUACAGGACGCCAACCACCGCUACACCACCCUGCACACCAAGUCGUCAGAUCUGGGCGGGCGUCUGUCGGCUCUGUUGGAGCGCUGCCAGCAGUACCAGGACGAGGCUGUGUCGCUCCACACCUGGCUCAGCACCCAGGAACAGAACCAGAGUAUAGUCGGUCCCAGCGGAGAGACAGACACACUGACACUACAGAACACACUGCGGGCCGUACAGCUGUUGCAGGAUGAGCUGGCGGAGCGGUCAGUCCAGUUGGAGAAGGUGAGGAGGUCAAGCAGAGAGCUGGCCAACACACAGGAGUCCCCCACUCUCAGAGCUGCCGAGAUCAUCAGCACUGCAGAUGGUCUGGAGAAGAGGUUCAGCUCUCUGUCGAAGUCUGUGUCGGAGCGGGCUGAGCAGCUCCAGACGUCCGUAGCCCAGUCGGUCAGUGUCCAGGAGGGGCUGAAGGGCCUGCUAGCCUGGCUGGACGGCCUGCUGCUGACCCCCGGACCCAUCCAACCCACCGCCAAGGCUGUCCAGGACGCCCUCACACAGAAUCAGAAACUACGCCAGGAGCUGUUAUCCAGACAGGGCAGUGUGGAGGCCACCUGCGACUCUGUCUCCAAACUGCUCCAGAGCUCUGACGCCUCCACGGCCUCCGGGCUCCAGGGGUCACUAGAGAGCCUGACCCAGCGCUACGCUGCGGCACAGGCCAAGCAGGCCGAGAAGGAGGCUGAGCUCCGGGGGCUCUUGCCCAAGCUGGAGAGCUAUGAGAGACUGAAUACGGACCUGCAGAGUUUUACUCAGACCAGUCUGAGAGCUCUUAGCCCUGCGGGACAGCCUGACCGCAGUGUGGAGGACUACAGACAGACCAUAGAGGAGGUGAGAGCGGAGCAGGAGCAGGAAGCAGGUCAACUGAAGUCAUUCUGCCAGUUGGGGACAGACCUCAGCCAAGCCAAGUCCCUGACCAGCACACAGACCUUACUGGACAACGUCAGAGAGGUUUCCGAUGAGUUCGCCCGACUGGAAUCCAACAUCACUGAAAUGAACAACGCCAUCCAGAGUUGUGAGCAGCGGUUGGGCCAGUUCCGGUCUCUCUCUGGUUCCCUCCUCAGGUGGCUCCACACAGCACAGGAGCAGCUGCCUCCCAAAGAGCCCAACCUCAACACAGAGGCCCUGCAGAGGAGAGUGCAGCAGCUCAAGGACUUACUGAGUGACUGGGAGGCCCAGGGGACUCGGGUUCAGGAGCUGAACAAGACUGGAUCAGAACUGGAGACCCUCAUCAUCAACAUCACAGCCCCCCAGACUAAGACAGGUGUUCCCCAGAUCAAUGGUGCAGGCAGCCCCAGCAGUGUCAAUGGCAUUCACACAUGCAAAGACCUGACAGAGCUGCAGGUGGCGGUGGCCGAAGUGAACGGUCGUUACGAGGAGCUGGGAGGGGAACUGAAGAACAGACAGAGGCACCAGGAGGCUUCUCUGGAGCUCAGACAGAAGGCCAGCCAGGGUACCGAGGAGCUCAGCCGCUGGCUGCGAGACCGGGAGAACAGCCUGCACCUGGGCCAGACCACCACCUCCCCCUCCAAACCGGAGUUGGUACGCGCCCAGGCCCAGGAGAACAAGGCCUUACUGUCUGAGCUGGCAGAGCAUUCUGGGAAGGUGGAGGAGCUGAAGAGCACCCUGGAGAAGCUGAUAGCAGACAACCCAGACUCCCCAGAGGCAGACACCUGGAGACAACAAAUGAAGGAGAUCGACUCCCGCUGGGCAAAGGCCAAUGAGACGGCAGUACAGAGGCAGACGGAACUGGAGACCUGUGCUGAUAGGCUGGGAUGCUUUGCCACAGCAGCCAGUCAGUUGGGGCCGUGGCUCAGAGAGAAGGAGCUGAUGAUGAGUGUGCUGGGACCCCUGAGCAUCGACCCCAACAUGCUGAACACCCAGAAACAACAAGUGCAGUUCAUGCUGCGUGAGUUUGAGACCCGCCGGCCCCAGUUCGACCAACUCACCCAGGCGGCCGAGGGCAUCCUUUCCCCGUCUGGUGGUGACUCCUCCCCGCAGGAUGACAAGGACCUUGCGGAGGUCCGGUCCGACCUGGCCUCCAUCUCUCAGCAGUGGGACGACCUCACUCAACGUCUGUCCCAGCGCUCGGAGCACAUCGACCAGGCCCAGGGCACCAGCGAGCGCUACCAGGCCCUGCUGAAGGACCUCUCGGUCAGCGUGGGGGCGCUAGGCGAGCGGCUGGAUGGCCAGGCCUCACUCAGUGCUCAGCCCGAGGCCCUGAAACGGCGUCUGCAGGAGACAGGCGAGAUCCGCACUGAGCUGGAGCAGAGGAGGGAGGAGCUGGGCAAGGCGGAGAAGCUUUGCGGCGAGCUGAGCGCCAUCGUGAUUGAACCUUACCUGAGAGACGAACUGAAGAAGAGGCUGGAGAGCGUGAGUGGCCCGCUAAGGAGCCUGGAGGAGAGGGCCGCUGACGGUCUGUCCCAGCUCCAAGCCGCUCUCUCCAGCACCCAGCAAUUCCAGCAGAUGUUUGAGGAGCUGCGGAGCUGGCUGGACAACCAGGGUGGUCAAAGAGACUCUACCGUCGACUCUCUCCCCUGCCAGCCUGAGGCUCUCCAGACCCUGCUUGCCCAGCAAGACGAGCUUCAUCGCGGGGUUGCCAGCCAACGUGGCCCCUACGAGCUCAUCCAGGCCGAGGGGGCCUCUCUGCUCGCCUCGCUACCCACCGGCGCCGAAGAACAAUCAGCCUUACAGUCCCGGCUCACCACCCUACGCCAGGACUGGGAUGAGCUAAAUCAAUGCAUCGCGGAACGCCAGAACCGGCUGAAAACCGCCCUGACCAAGGCCGAGAGUUACCAGCAGCACCGCGCCGAGCUCACGCCCUGGGUGGCAGAGUGCGAGAAGCGGGAGGCUGACAUCCAGCCCUCCCUCGACCCUGCGGCCCUGGACGAGGCCUUGCAGAAGGCCAGGCAGCUGGGAUUGGACCUGGAGCGCCGUCGCCUCCUCCUGGAGGGUUUAAACACCGCGGCCGACCAACUCCUGGAACACUGCCGCGUCGGAGAGGAAGACAUACGCGACGAAAAAGCCCAACUCAACCGUAGAGUCGACGGGCUGGCAGAAAAGCUCCAGAACUGUGUUUCCCAAUUGGAAGAGUUAGCGGGUCGACUUAAGGAGUUUGAGGACGGCCGGCAGGCGGUGGAGAGGAGGCUGGAGGCGGCGCGGCAUCAGAUCGAGGUGCAGGAGGCGCUGGGCCCACAGGCGUGCAGCAACAAAAGCCUGGAGCGGCUGAGGAGCCAGCAGGAGACGCUGCACUCGCUGCAGCCACAGGUGGCCUACCUGAGGGAUCUGGCCCAGGGGCUGGUGCAGGACGCACCCCAGACAGCAGGGGGCGGCGGACAGGGAGGACAGAGGCUGGAGCAGCAGGCUCGAGACACAGACCGAGAGUUUGGAGACGUAAGCGAAAAGAUUGAACAGUGCUGUUCCACCCUGGAGUCCCGUCUCAAGGGUGUGGGGGAAGUCCAGUCCUCGGUGCGCGACCUCUUCUCCCGCCUGGCCGACCUGGACGACGAGCUGGACUCUCUGAGCCCCGUGCGGCGUGAUGCCGACUCGCUUGCCUCGCAGGCGGAUGCCGUCCGCACCUUCCUGGCUCACCUGGCCACGUUGAGGUCGGAGCUUGAAGGUCACGGGGGCGACUGCACCGCCAUGCUCCGCCGAGAGGGGUCAUCUCCCGAUCUCCUCGCCCUGAGGAGAGAGACUGAGGCCCUGAGCCGCCAAGCUGGGAAGCUGGCCGAGAGGGGCCAGGCCAGACUGGGGCAGAUCGAGGCAGCUGCCGAGAAGGUGGGAGAGUUCUACGCCCAGGUGGCGGAGCUGCAAGGGCUACUGGGAAGGGCAGAGGAGGGACUUAACGCGCAGGGCGUGGUGGGGACGGAGGUGGAAACCAUCAAGCAGCAGCUGCACGAGUUCAAGGCAGUGGAGAGGGAGCAGGUGGACAGCAUUCAGCCCAAGCUGCAGCACGUGAACGCUGUGGGCCAGGGCCUGAUCCAGAGUGCAGCCAAACACACAGACACCCAGGCCCUGGAGCACGACCUAGAGACCACCAACCUCAGGUGGAACUCCCUCAACAAGAGGGUUGCAGAGCGCAUCGCCCAGUUGCAGGAAGCUCUGUUGCAUUGUGGGAAGUUCCAGGAUGCCCUGGAGCCUCUUCUGAGCUGGCUGAGUGAUACGGAGGAGCUGGUAGCCAAUCAGAAACCCCCGUCAGCAGAGUACAGAGUGGUCAAGGCCCAGAUCCAGGAACAGAAGCUGUUACAAAGACUGCUGGACGACCGCAGAGCCACUGUUCAGAUGAUCCAGGGAGAGGGAGAGAGGAUCGCAGCCACUGCCGAGACCCAGGACAAAGACAAGAUCCAGAAACAGCUGGAGAGUCUGGGAGAGAGAUGGGGCGAGCUGCUGGAGAAAGCCAGGGCAAGGCAGUGCCAGUUGGAGGAGCUGCAGACGCUGGCACUCCAGUUCCACGAGGCGGUGGAGCCUCUUGGAGAGUGGCUGAGUGCCACCGAGAGACGCCUGAGCACCGCCGAGCCCAUGGGAACCCAGACUUCCAAGAUCACCCAGCAGAUUACAAAACACAAGGCCGUCCAAGAGUCCGUCUCCUCUAGAGGAGCCGAGGUCGACCGCCUCGAGGCCCUCGGCCAAUCCCUGGCGCCCCUCAGCUGCGCGGCCGACCGCGAUUGGCUGGGGGAGCGCGUGGGGGUGGUGCGGCUAGGCCACUCAGAGCUCAGUGAUUGGUGCCAACACAGGGCCGUCAUGCUGGAGCAGGCCCUGGCCAAUGCCCAGCUGUUUGGGGAGGAUGAGGUGGAGGUGCUCAACUGGCUGGCUGAGGUGGGCCAGAGGCUGGGACAGGUGUCGGUGCAGAGCCACCAGCCGGGGGUCCUCACCCAGCAGCACAAACACACACUGUCUCUGAAUGAAGAGAUCGUGAGCAGGAAGAAGCAGGUUGACCAGGCCAUUAAGAACGGACAGGCCCUGCUCAAGCAAACCACCGGUGAGGAGGUUCUGCUGAUCCAGGAGAAGCUGGACGGUAUCAAGUCUCGCUACGCUGAGAUGACGGCCGGGAGCAGCAAAGCCCUCCGCACCCUGGAGCAGGCCCUGCAGCUGAGCACGCGAUUCGCCAGCGCCCACGACGACCUCAACCAAUGGCUAGACAAGGUGGAGACGGAGCUCAACAUCAUGGAGCCCGACGCCACGCCAGCCUAUCAGGAAAGACAGAAGGAGCUGAAGUGUGUGUCAGCGGAGAAACGUCUGGUUUUGGACACGGUCAACGAGGUGGGCAAUGCCCUCUUAGACCUGGUGCCUUGGCGUGCCCGUGAGGGUCUGGACCGCCUGGUGGCUGACGCCAACCAGCGCUACCGAACGGCGGACGAGACCAUCACCCAGCGGGUACAGCUGGUACAGGCUGCCAUCCAGAGGUCACAACAGUAUGAGGAAGCGGUGGACGCAGAGCUGACCUGGGCUGGGGAGACUGAGAGGAAGUUAUCUUCCCUAGGUCCUCUGAGUCUGGAGCCUGACGUCACCGUGGCCCAGCUACAAGUCCAGAGGGCCUUCAAUAUCGACAUCAUCCGACACAAAGACACCGUGGACCAGCUACUCAACACCAGGGACGACAUCCUGGAGACAUGCAGUGACCAGCAGAGAGACGCUCUGAUGGUGAAGACUGACUCGCUGUCUGCCCACUACGAGGCGGUGAGCCAGCGGCACCAGGAGCGUUUCUCAGCCCUGGAGCAGGCCCAGGUCCUGGUGGCCCGCUUCUGGGAGACCCAGGAGGAGCUGGAGCCCUGGCUGGGGGAGACGGAGACCCUUAUCGCCCAGCUGCCCCCACCCGCCAUCGACACAGAGGCCCUGCGACUACAACAGGAGCAGAUGAGGCUCCUGAGGGAGUCCAUAGCGGAGCACAAGCCCCACAUCGACAAGCUGCUGAAGAUCGGCCCCCAGCUGGCCGUUCUGAGUCACCAAGAGGGGGCCACCGUGAGGCAGCGCUACAGCGACGCCGAGAAACGCUACAUGGCCAUCAAGGAGGAGGUCAAGGGUCGCGCCACCACCCUGGACGAGGCUGUGUCUCAGUCUGCACAGCUGGUAGAGUUCCACGACAAGAUGGACCCCCUGUUGGAGACCCUGGAAGGGGCCGUGCAACGCCUCCGCUCCCCUUCUCCCGUGGCGGCAGAGGUGGAUAAGAUCCGGGAGCAGCUGGCUGAGCACAAGGCAACAGGGCUGGAGCUGGACAAACUGCUGCCCUCCUUCUCUGCCCUUUGUGCCCGCGGCGAGGAGCUCAUCAGUAGAGCAGCCCACGACGACCCUGCCGCUCAAGCCGUGCAUUCCCGUCUCCUGCGUCUGCGCUCCCUGUGGGAUGAGAUCCGGCAGAGGGCUGAGGAGCGGGAGGGGAAGCUGACGGACGUCUUGGACCUGGCUGGGAAGUUCUGGGCCGACAUGGCGGCGCUACUGAGCACGCUCCGUGACUCGCAGGACAUCGUCAAGGAGCUGGAGGACCCCGGGGUGGACCCCUCCCUCAUCAAACAGCAGAUAGAGGCAGCAGAGGCCAUCAAGGCCGAGACAGACGGGCUGAGGGAGGAGCUGGAGUUUGUACGAACCCUUGGGGCUGACCUCAUCUUCGCCUGCGGAGAAACGGAGAAACCUGAGGUCAAGAAGACCAUCGACGAGAUGAAUGCCGCCUGGGACGGCCUGAACCGGACGUGGAGAGAGAGGAUGGAGAGGUUGGAGGAGGCCAUGACGGCAUCUGUGCAGUACCAGGAUGCAUUGCAGGGCAUGUUUGACUACCUGGACAACACAGUGAUCAAGCUCUGUGACAUGUCCACUGUGGGCACUGAUCUGGGAACUGUCAAACAGCAGAUCGAAGAACUCAAGCAGUACAAGGUGGAGGUGUACCAGCAGCAGAUAGACAUGGAGAAGCUGUGCCACCAGGGGGAGCUGCUGCUCAAGAAGGUCUCGGACCAGACCGACAGAGACAUGAUCCAGGAGCCCCUCACGGAGCUCCGACACCUCUGGGACAACCUGGGGGACAAGAUCACUCACAGACAGCAUAAAUUGGAGGGUGCUCUCCUGGCGCUAGGUCAGUUCCAGCAUGCCUUGUCUGAGCUGCAGUCCUGGCUUAGUCACACCCACUCCACCCUGGACACGCAGAGACCCAUCAACUCCGACCCCAAGGCCAUCGAGAUAGAACUGGCCAAACACCACGUGCUGAGGAACGACGUGUUGUCCCAUCGCUCCACGGUGGAGACGGUGAACGCGGCAGGGGCUGAGCUGCUGGAGUCCAGUCCCGGGGAUGAGGCCAACCACCUCCGCGACCAGCUGGACCACCUCAACCGCGGCUGGGAGAACCUGCUACUCAAGUCCCAGGACCGGCAGAAACUACUGGAGGCUGCACUGCACCAGGCGGAGGGUUUCCAUGGUGAGCUGGAGGAGUUCCUGCAGUGGAUGAGGAGGACAGAGAGCCAGCUGUCUGCAGCCAAACCCACAGGUGGCCUGCCUGAGACCGCACGGGAGCAGCUGCAGCAGCACCUGGAGCUCCAGACCCAGUUGGCCCAGCGCGCUGAGCAGUACAACCGACUGCUGGACGCAGGAGAGUCCAUGUUGCUGUCCCGUGGGGGGGAGGAGGGCGGCCCCGGAGCUGGUACGACCCAGACCCAACAGAACCUGGCCCUGCUGCAGAACAAGUGGGCCAGCCUGAACACCAAGAUGGACGACCGCAGGGCGAAGCUGGAUGAAGCGGUGUCGCUGGCCACAGGGUUCCAGUCCUCCCUCCAGGACACCAUCAACUGGCUGACCCAGGCAGAGCAGACCCUCAACAUGGCCCAGCCCCCCUCCCUCAUCCUGGACACCGUCCUCUUCCAGAUAGACGAACACAAGGUGUUUGUGAAUGAGGUGAACACCCACAGGGAGCAGGUUUUGGCUCUGGAGAAGGCCGGCUCUCAGCUGCGUUUCGCCAGUCUGAAGCAGGAUGUGGUUCUGAUCAAGAACCUGCUGCUGAGUGUUCAGGCCCGCUGGGACAAGCUGGUGCAGAGGUCCCUGGACCGCGGCAGACACCUCGACGAGGCCCGCAAGAGGGCCAAGCAGUUCCAUGAGGCGUGGAGGAAACUGUCAGACUGGCUGGAGGAGGCUGAGAGCCGACUAGACUCAGAGCUGGAGAUCUCCAACGAGCCAGACAAGAUCAAAGUACAACUGACCAAACACAAGGAGUUUCAGAAGGCUCUGGGCUCUAAACAGCCGGUGUAUGACACCACAGUGAGGUCUGGUAAGGCCAUGAGGGACAAGGCCACGUUGCCCGAAGACACCCAGAAACUAGACCACCUACUAGGGGAGUUCAGGGACAAGUGGGACACCGUCUGUGGGAAGAGUGUGGAGAGGCAACACAAGCUGGAGGAGGCCUUGCUGUUCUCAGGUCAGUUUGCUGAGGCCCUGCAGGCCCUGGUGGACUGGCUGUACCGUGUAGAACCCCAGCUGGCUGAAGACCUGCCAGUCCAGGGAGACCUGGACCUGGUCUCCAAUCUCAUGGACUCGCACAAGGCCUUCCAGAAGGAGUUGGGGAAGAGGACCACUAGUGUCCAUGCCCUGAAGCGCUCAGCCAGAGAACUGAUGGAGACGGGCCGAGACGACACCGCCUGGGUCAAAGUUCAACUGCAAGAGCUCAGCAACCGCUGGGACACAGUCUGUGCCCUGUCCGUCACCAAGCAGACCCGCCUCCAGCAGGCCCUCAAACAGGCGGAGGAGUUCCGCACGGCGGUGCAGCUGCUGCUGGAGUGGCUGUCAGAGGCGGAGCAGACGCUGCGUUUCCGUGGUGUGCUGCCCGAGGAGGCGGAGACUCUGCAGACGCUGCUCCACACCCACCGGAACUUCAUGGCCACGGUUGAGGAGAAGAGGACCGACGUGAACCGGGCAGCGGGCCAGGGCGAGGCCAUCCUCACCGCGUGCCAUGCGGACUGCAUCACCACCAUCAAACACUGGAUUACCAUCAUCCGCGCCCGCUUUGAAGAGGUCCUCACAUGGGCCAAACAGCACGAGCAGCGUCUGGAGACUGCUCUGACAGAGCUGCUCAACAACGCCACGCUAUUGGAGGAGCUGUUGUCAUGGCUGCAGUGGGCGGAGACCACCCUAGUCCAGCGUGACGGCGAGACCCUUCCACAGGACAUCCCUCAGCUCAAAACACUCAUCACAGAACACCAGGUGUUUAUGGAGGAGAUGACCCGGAAGCAGCCUGACGUGGACAAAGUGACCAAGACUUACAAGAGGAAACCAGCAGAGCCCCCUAGCAGCCUAGCUGAGAGGAGAGGAGCUCGUAAAAACCAGCAGCAACAACAGCAUCAACAACAGGCGGCGAUGCAGGUCGCCGGGGGCUACCCACGCCUGACCCAGCUAUGCUCAAGGUGGCAGCAGGUGUGGCUGCUUGCCCUCGACCGCCAGCGCAAGCUCAACGACGCCCUCGACAGGCUUGAAGAGCUGAAAGAGUUUGCCAACUUUGACUUUGACGUGUGGAGGAAGAAGUACAUGCGCUGGAUGAACCACAAGAAGUCACGCGUCAUGGACUUCUUCAGGCGCAUCGACAAGGACCAGGACGGCAAGAUCACUCGCCAGGAGUUUAUAGAUGGCAUCCUGGCCUCAAAGUUCCCCACCAGCAGGUUGGAGAUGACGGCGGUGGCAGACAUCUUUGACCAGGACGGAGACGGUUACAUCGACUACUACGAGUUUGUGGCGGCUCUGCACCCCAACAAGGACGCCUAUCGGCCCACCACUGACGCUGACAAGAUAGAAGACGAGGUGACCAGACAGGUGGCACAGUGUAAAUGUGCCAAGAGGUUCCAGGUGGAGCAGAUAGGAGAGAACAAGUACAGAUUCUUCCUUGGAAACCAGUUUGGUGACUCGCAGCAGUUGCGGUUGGUUCGUAUCCUGCGCAGUACGGUCAUGGUGCGGGUUGGAGGGGGCUGGAUGGCCCUGGAUGAGUUCCUGGUCAAGAACGAUCCCUGCAGAGUGCAACAUCCUGGACUUAAGAUCCUUCGCUCCGACUCCAGUAGCACCAUUUCAUCUCGUAUAGUGACGGUCACUCCUGGCUAUUUCUGCUGCAGAGCCCGAGGCCGUACCAACCUGGAGCUGCGUGAGAAGUUCAUCCUUCCAGAGGGGGCUUCCCAGGGCCUGGCGGCCUUCCGCUCCCGGGGCCGGCGCUCCAAACCCGGGUCCCGCACGGCCUCGCCCACCCGCUCCUCCUCCUCGGCCUCGCACAGCGCACACAGCUGCGCAUCCCUGCCCUCUGCUCCCGCCACCCCCACUGCCUCCUCUAGGUCCUCAAACUUGCGUGGCUAUGCCAAGCCCUGGCUGGCACACAGUAAAACUCCAACGCCAACCAAGUGCCAGUCCUGCCCAGACCAUGGCCACACCACCCCUGGGCAUGAGGGGGCAGUGUCGGGGUCCAAGCUGAAGAGGCCCACCUUCCACUCCAGCCGAGGCUCUCUGACUGGAGAGAAUGGAGGAGCUACACCCAUUGCUACUAAACCUGGACGUACCGACCCCAAGCGUACCCCAUCGGGGGCCAGUGGUCCGGCCAGCCGGGCGGGCAGCAGAGCGGGCAGCAGGGCCAGCAGCCGGCGAGGCAGCGACGCUUCGGACGCCUCAGAGCUCCUGGAGACUCGCUCGGCCUGCUCGGACACCUCGGACACCCCCCGGCGCACAGGAGCUGCCAAGCCCUCCAAGAUCCCUACCAUCUCCAAGAAGGCCCCAAGCCCCAAGACACCCACUUCUGGGAAGAAAUAGUGAAGGAGAUGUCAAAAAGACGUAAUAAAAAUGUCAUACAUCCAACCAUGGAGUCGUCAACAUAAAAGCAUCAUACAUCUAACUAUAGGGCUGGUUUGACUCCAAGGGCUCAGCCCCCAAAACACCAGCCAUGAUGAAAUGGGGAAGAAGAUGUCCAUACUAUAGAAUUAGAUCAAGUAGAACGGACCGUCUCCCUUUCAAAGAGACGCUCUAUAGUGAACAGACUACUGCCGGCCAUAUUGGGUGUCACAUUUGAUCCAAACGUCCAUCCAUAGGGCUUGCAUGGGAUUCAUGCACCAAGACUACUGUAUGAAGGGCAGAGAGAGAGGGAUAGAUUGGGGAAGAUAUCUAUUUCUCUCUUUUCCUCCCUCGUACACACACUCACUGGGGGCCUCGAGGCCCGGGUUCGUGCACUUAGACUGAGGUGAAACGGAACAGAACUUUCCCCUUUUAAAACCCAGAUCCCAGUUUGCCUUCCAGUCUCCUGUGUGCUCUCUCUCGUAACGGGAUUGUGCUAGACUGUUGUAGAGAAAGCCACAGCAGUUUGAACCGACAACCAACCAACAUGAUGCUGCCUUACUGUGUUACACAUUUCUGUCCUUACUUUUACCUAAUCUGAGUUCUGCAGAGUGUUAGGUAGAGCCUUGUAACUACUUUGUGUAUGUAUACACUGACACACACGGAACUGAAACACACACUGAGGGGAGAGAUGAAAUGACUCAGAACUUCCUGGAGAAUGGUAUUCAGAUAAACUGGAUUGUGGGUAUUGUGGACAUUUUCUCUCACCAUGAGUUCAACUGAAAAUAUGCAAUGAUUGCCGUCUUGUUUUUUCCUCCCCUGGACUGGGAAGUGAAUAGGAAUGACACUUCAGCAUGUCUGUGGGUCGGGAACAUCCAGACUAGCGUGGAUCUACUGUUCAGUGUCUGGGUGGCGCCACUCUGACCACUUCCUGCAUUGAGCUAACUGCCUAAACCUCAAGCCCAGGAGACUGUGGAAGUGGUGGGAAACACACAUACACUGCAAUGUCCUCACAAACCACUGAAACAUUGGAAGUGUGUUUGAAGGUGUGUAUGUGAAUCUGUGUUUGAUGGAAUGGAUGAUUUCUCACGUUGUCCUAUAAUAUGAAACUACUUACCCUGUGUUUCUGAGAAAAAAGCACUAAAAUUGAGACUUUCUUGGUGGGACCCCACUAACAGCAAAAACGUGACAGUGUGUAACAAUCAAGUGGCUUGUAAGGACACACACAAUUUAAGCGACUCUUAUUCCAGAUUAGAGAUUGAAGACCAGCGCACACUGACAGUGUAUCGCUGUAAUUCCACUUCGCCCCUCCCCCCUCCGUUGCCGCUGGAAACCCCAGAGCUGCAAACACACAUUUUUGUAUACGUGUGUCGUCGUCACGUGUUACAGAAAUCAAAGGUCAUCGACUUGCUUCACUGUAUGCAAAGAUUUAAUUUCAUUCUGGUUAAUUUAAAAUCCUGUUGUAUUUGUUUUUGUUUUGCUUUUGUAGUUUAAGAAAAACAUGUAUAUUUAUUUUUCAAUUCUGUAUCAUAUCACCUUGGAGAAUGAUUAGUAUUCAUAUAAUGAAAUCAUGAUAUUUUGUACCAAGGAAAAUGUCUGCUCCUCUUCAAUGUUGUAUGUUUCUACUUCUUCAUAACUUUACUCAACUAGGAAGCUGACUGAUUUCCAUGGGAGCCUUUUUUGCUAAUGACUACAACUCCCAGAACAUGACCAAAGGGGGUUGCCCUUAUUGUGUUGACAAAUAUGGAUGACAGGGAACUGAACCCCCAGUGUUCCUCCUUACAGGCAUUUGAAUUGUCAUGUCUUUGAUGGCUGCAAAUGUGCUCCCCUGUUUCUUGAUGUGAGAGCUGAAGUAUAUGAAAACCUAAUGAAGGCAAAUGACAUCUAAAGGUGAUUUUUAUUUAUUUAUUGUCUCUUUUGGGGGUGGGGAUUUGGGCGCAGGAGAGGAACCCACCUUUUGAUGCGGUGUUAUUCUCAGUGUGAUGAAGAGAAAAUAUGGAGGGGGGGGGGUCAAUUGUGUAAAAUAAAAAAGCUAAGAUUAUAAACGUUUUUUUGUUCUCUUUUUGUAUUAAAAAUAUGCUUGCAGUAAAAAA